AUGGAGCUCUCGUCGAGGAGUUUCCUGGUUCUCCUGUUCGUCUUCUUACUCUGCGUCUCCUCCGCUCAAGCCUUUGGUGCUGGGAAUAUCGCAUCCAUAUCGGCUGUGGAAGGCAAGAACUGGCGUCAUGGAGAUAUCGAGGAUAUACUUAAGCAAGUCGCAUGCAUACGCCACCACAAAUGGAACUCGAUGAUGAUGAAACGCGUCUACUUCGGCAACUGGCUUAGGGACUAUUCUCAGGCUAUGGACACUGGUGCUCUGAAGAAAGCACAACCUGAAACCAUCCGAGUACUUGUGUGGCUUCUAUCUUUCUUGGGCUUCGGCUACGCAACAGCGGAGUUCGAGGUCACGAAGGAGAGACUGGGCGUUUAUCGUCCUGAAGAACACAUCGAUAAUCCCAAGGACUACAACGACAAUGAGGACGCACGAAAAUAUGACCCCCGUCUUCGCGCUCCGGUACAAGAUAUUGAGCUAGCUGUUGAUCCAGAUACUGGCAUGAAGAACUACAUUGCCAAGAAGGAUGCACACUGGGCCACCAGUGCAGCAUUCGUCAAGUGGUCAUUCGAGCAGAGUAUUCAUCAUGGCAGACAGUAUUGUGCUGGACGUGGUAUCUUCAAAGGCAACGAUGAUGAGCUCGCCGAAGCAUGUCGCUUACUAGGUCAAGGGUUGCACACUCUCGAGGAUUUCGGUGCUCAUACGAAUUAUGUUGAGCUGGUUCUCCGCGAGAUGGGUAUGCAUAACGUCUUCCCACAUGUUGGAGAGAGGGCGAUGAUCAAUGUCAGAGGCAAGCAUAUCUUUCCGCUUGUCACGGGUACUUUCGGCAUGGUCGACUUCUACCACUCAGUCCUAGGAGAGGCAACCGAUCACUUCACGCAGAGUGAGAUCAGCGAAAUGGACAACGCUAUGGGAAUGGCUCAGACCGCAUCACAGUCCAACAACCCGCUCAUGACAUUGGUAAAACUCCUCUCGAAGGUCCCCGUGCCGGGCGCAAAGGAUCUCUGCGAUGAAGCUCAGCGCUUGCAAGCCAACUCUCAGCGUGCAGCUCAGGACAACCAGAGCUGGGGAUCUAGCCGAGGUAUCGAUGACAACUACAGCUCUUCGAGGUCGGGACCUGGCGAUUGGAACCAAGGCUAUCAACAACAGAGCGGCUACGAUCAAGGCUAUCAACAGCAAGGUGGAUAUAACCAAGGCUACCAACAAGAAUCUCAGCGCUCGUGGGGUGACCCAGCAUACGAUGCAUUCUUGCAGAAUCAACAACACCAGCAACAAGGUAAUUGGCAGCAACCUCCAGCUCAUCAGCAACAGAACUGGCAACAACCACCACAGCAGCAACAGUCCUGGCAGCAACCUCAUGAAAUGCCUGGUUCGAACACCUGGAACCAACAGCCUUCAGUCAACUCACAACCGCAACAGACUCCCUCUCAGCCUCAACAGAAGCCUCAAGCAGGUCCAGACGGCAAGUUGGACUCGUCCAUCGAUCCUGCCAAGCUUGUACAGCAGAUCUACCCGAUCCUCGCCUUCCGUGACAAGGUCGUCCGCGCCAUCUCAUCAGUCAUUGAGAAGAUCCCCGGCCUCGAGGCACUUGUUGAGCGCAUCGUCGAGACGCUCACCGUCUUUAUCCUCUCACUUCUCGCACCCAUAAUCCGACCGAUCAUAAACACUCUCACCAAGUCUCUCGAAGCCGGCUCCGAAGGCGUCGUCAGCUCCAACGGCAAGCAUCAAUUCGACGUUUGGAACGACCCUACUUCAACCGACCCAACGCAUUCGAUGCUCUCAAAGGAUCAUUUCAACGUGCCGACCGAACAAGUCAUGCGCGACGUCGAAGUCAUUUUCCACCACCCCGCCCUACGCGACGACCGCGUCGAGAUCCAUCGCAACAUGUACCGCGUCGUCGAAAAGUGGGCAGACGAGCGUCCCGACCGUGGUCGGUCCCUAGACCAAAUCCUCAGUAGUGCUAGUGUCAAGGCGGGGAAGAACCACAAAGCCGGCGUCUCCGACCACGCCAUGGUCGACCACCACAAGAUGUCUUCACAACAGAUGAACGCUGCCGCCAGUGGCUCACAUGCUUCCGGCGGCCUGCUCGAUAGCGUCUCGGGCCUGCUUGGGGCCGGCUCUGGAUCGGGCGGUAGCCACAACAACUAUGGACAGCAAGGCGGCUCAUCGUCACCCUUCGGCAUGGUCGGCAACCUCUACAACACCAUCUCCGGCAACGGCGGUCACGGACAACAACAGCACCACAAGCCCAGCGGCGGCGGCGGCGGACUGAACGACAUGCUGCACAUGGCAGAGAAACUCCCCAUUCCAGGCGUGCACAACAUGACGUCCACACUCAACAAGUUCGGCCUUGGCGGUGGACACUCAUCCGGUGGUGGCGGUCUCGGAUCAUUCCUAGGCGGCGGCGGCAGACGCGGCCUCGACGACGAGCCCGGCGCCCGGGGCCUCUCCGAAGACGACCCAGCGCGGAGCGAGGUGCUUAGCGGUGGGUAUGGUGGUAUUGGACAGGAGUCACAGCUACCAGCGCGAGAGCGCAGUCCUAGUCCUGGGCCGCUGGCGCCGCCGAGCGGGUAUGAGAGCUAUACGGCAAGCGGGCUGGACUAUGAUGGUGGGAGUUCGCAGAUGGCGCCGCCGUAUACUGGUGGGAAUGAAGGGUACUAUGCCAGUGGCUACGGACAGCAGAGCCAGAGUCAGGGGUAUGAGCAGUCGUCGAGCGGUUAUGGCCAACAGCAGCAGUAUGGUGCAGGUGGUCCAAGCUAUCAACAACAGCAGCAGUACGGCGGGCAAUACGGCGGAGGUGGUGCGAGCGGCGACUACUAUCGCUGA